AUGAUUGCUUGUGCCGAAGGUACCCUCUUUGACGGCACCAUCGUGACUUGUGUCCCCUGUGAGGUCGCCACCUGCCCAGGCAGCAAGGCGCCAUACCCACAGUGCCCACCAAGAACUCCCCCACCAACCACCACCAUCGGUUACACUACCCUUCCCCAGUUUGACGGCAAAUGUGACGGCCCUGACGGAUGGACCUACUUGGCCGUCUGGGGUGAUGUCAACACCUUCUACAGAUCCCAGACCAUUGGUGACGACACCAGAAUCGAGCGUGUCAGCUGCGGACAGUGGGAGUUCAACGUUCAGAGAUGCAUGUGCAUGGUUCCAGAUCUCCAGGCUAUCGCCCUGUGGCCAUUCGACGAGAACACCGACACCACCGUCGAUAACUUCUGGACAGACUGUGCUGGUGUGGAACUUUCAUCAGGAAAGGUCGGCAACUCCGCCCACUUCAACGGCACCGUCCACUGCGAGGUCCCACGUUUCAACAACUACCCAUGGGGCUCUGCCCUCACCAUCUCUUUCUGGUACGACAACCAAGCCUAUACCAAGAACGUGCGUGAUGGUCUUUUGAACAACGGUAACUGCGCCGUCGAGCCAACCAUCAGCAUGUGGUCCGAAGGGGGCGUGUUCGGAGGACGUGUCCUGGUCAACAACAACGGCACCCUCCAGACUGUGAACCUUGGAGCCUCUGGCGGAAGUGGUUUCAACCAUGUUGUCUUGGUCUAUGAUGGACUUAGACUGAAAUUGCACUUCAACGGAAAGGUCGUCCUCGACGAGAUCGCCGUUGGCGCUAUCCCAGCUACCCUUGCUCCACUUUACAUGGGCAGAGACUUGGACUGUGAGACCAACUUCGGUUUCAGCAACACCAACCUGAUCGGCUUCCUCGAUGAGGUCCAGAUUUACGACUGGCCUCUCAGUGACGCCAUGGUCUCCAGAUUGUGGUCCGGAGAGAGAAACAUCAAGAUGGCCAGAACCGACUAA